UGGUUUGCUUGUACCAUUUUAAGUCUCGAAGAGAAUGGCUACAAAGUUACCUUUGAAAACUGGAGUAGUAGGCAUGAUGCCGUCCUUCAUGCCGACUGUAUUCGCGCCCGCUAUCCAUCGAUGGCUCAUGGUCGUAAGAGAAAGCGUCUGCCGCUAGUUGUAAACUUAAGUAAUUUGUUUCCAGAAGAUGAAUUGUACGUACAGGUGGACGGUACCAGAAAGCUGGCCAUCGUGAAGAUUAUUGACCCGUUCCUGGAACUGCUAACAGUGGCGAUCGUCGGCCAAGAGAAAACAAUCUCAUUCCUAAGUGUCGUUAAGUCUGACGUGUUUGCGACUCCUGUUCCCGCAAAGAAAAAGAAGCAAGUUCCAUUCAGUAAGCAGCCAGCUUCUCCAGCUACACCCGCGCUACCAUCUGCUUGCAUCGCAUUGGACUCCACCGUGCCGUGA